AAUUUUAUUUUUUUAGUUAAGAUAAAAAUGGAUAUUAAACCAAAAUUGGAGCCAAGGGAUGUGGAACUUAAUGAAAAUAUUGCAGUCACACAAGGAAACAAACGAAAAGGAGAUGAUAAUAAUUUUCAACAAAAUCGGUUAACUAAAACGCAAAAGAGGAAACUUAAGAAAAUGAAUAAACAACAACAAAAUCAGCAACAAGGGAAUGUUCAACAACAAAGACAUUUACCUCAAAAAAUUGAAGAACUUAAUGAAAAUGUUGGUGCUGUAAAUCCUGUCAAAAAACAAAAGAAAAAAGGAAAAAAUAAAAAUAAUUAUCAAAAAUUAACUACGAAUAAGGAUCUAAAACAGAAACUUAAAAGAAUGGAAAAAAGACAACAAAGGAAACUUCAAAGAGCUAUGGCAGAAGCUAGGCAGAAAGAAAAUGAACAAGCUCAAUCAACGGGGAGUGGUGAUUAUUCGAAUAUUCCAAUUCGAAGAAAAGAACAAAUUGCCAAUGAUAAAGAUUGGAAAAAAUGGAAGGAUCAAAAAGAGAAGAAAAUGAAAGAAAAGAAAAAGAAGCAACAACAAACACAGAAACCAAAAAAACAAGUAAAGUUUAAUGUAGCGAAUGAUGAGACGACUGAUAAUAAUAAUGAGACAAGUGAUAAACCUAAAACUAGAAAACAGAAAAAACUUGAAGCUCAACAAGAUUUGAGAGAUGAACGUAUCAAAACUUUGCGUAAUUCAAUUAAAGAAUUAUUGAAAUUUCGACAACUUUUUAAAAAUGAUGAGACUAUAUUAGUGAAAAAUGUGGAAUAUCAGCAAUUAUGUACUUUGAUUGCUAGUAUUAUUCCUGCUUUAUUGCAACCACGAAAAUUCAACAGACUUAACAUGCUAAGAUACGAUAACGGGAUAUUAAAUGAGAUUGUUAAACAAGCAGCUCUUCUGGAACCACAACUUUUUACAAGAGCUUCUGUUUUUAAUUUUAAUAAAAUAGAAGAGAAUGAUAAGGAAAGAAAGAAUUUACAGUUACAACUCAGAGUUCUUUGGGCAUUAAGUGCUUCUGUCUGUAUUUUUGGUUAUGUUAGUAUAAAUAAACGUUCAAAAGAUGAAUGUAUGUCUGAAGUUGAAGAACUUUGUUUAAUGGCUGAGGAUUUAAAACAACAUCCAGAAACUUUCAAUUGUUCAGCUUUAGUUGAUUUAUUAAUUUCUUGGCAAAUGUCUUUUAAUGCAAAAUAUAAAGUUUUGCCUGAUUUGGCUAUGUUUGUUUUUGUUAUGCGUUUAAAUGGAAAUAAUAUACAACAAAUUAUGGAGGCUCUGUGUAAUGAUGAGGCUAGUAAUUCUGCUGAAGAAAAUGAUGAAGAGGGAGAUGAGGAUACUGAUUUUGAAAUAGAUGAGGAGAGUAGCGAUGAAGAUGAGGAGGAAAUUGAAGGAGAUGAUGACGAAAAUGAAAAACAAAGCCGUAAAGAAAUCAAAAAAGAAAUUGUUGAAGUUGAUGAAAAUGGGAUUUCAAAAAAGAAUGAAAGCAAAGAGAACAAAAAAGUGAAAAAAGAGAAGGUUGACGACAAUGAUAAACUUAAUCCUGAACAAGUUGAAGAAAUUCGAAAAGCUUUGGGUGAUGCUUGUUUUGGACAGGAUGAUUUGACUGAUGGAAGUGAUGAUUGGAAUUUGGAUGACGAAAGAUUAUUUGCUUUGGAUGAUGAAUUAAUUGAAACAUUUAGAAAACGUUCUUCAUUAAAACAAAACUUACAAAAAUUGAAGGAAUUUAGAAGAAGGUUGGUUGAUAUGUUGACAAUUUGUUUUACUGUGGCGAAACUUGAAUUGGCUUUGGUUUGUUUUUUAGUUAAUCCUGCUUGGCUGUCUACAAUUGCAAUGCUUUGUGAACGUAAAGAUACUAGUCAAGAAAUUGUUGAUUCUAUGGCAAAAAUUGAAAAGCCUUUAAUUAGACGAAAAAAGGAAUGUAAUUAUGACAAAAAACAAUUGGCUAUAUUUUUACGUGCUUUAAUUGCUCCAUUCCAAAAGGGUGAUAAUGAUGUUAGAUUAUAUUCUAGACAUAAUCAAAAGUUGGUUUUUGGUGCUAUUCGAGUAUUGGUUUGUCUUUCCUCUGACAACUCAGCCAGUCGAUUUUCACCAGAAGUUUAUCAAUUUGUUACCGAUUUGUGGGCAUUUUGUGACAACAAUAUUGCAGAUGAACAAAAUUAUUAUAACGACAAAGAAUUUGUUCGGAAAUUGUUACUCCAAAUAUUUAAUAAUUUUAGGCAAUAUUUUAAUGAUUGGUUUUUGCCUUUAUCCAAUGAUGCUAUCAAUAAUGAAUUUUCUUUUACUAAACGAUUAACUUCUCUACAUUUAUUGACUUAUUUAAUUAAUGGAAAUAAUUUGAAAAAUGUUUUGCCUUCUCUUGUGGAAAAAUUUGUCGAAUUUUUUGGUACAAACAAUAAAAAUAAUAAUUGUGAGGAUGAUGAAGAGGUUAAACCUCCAAAAAAGAAAAAAAUUAAAAAGGAAAUUGAAGAUAAUAAUCAACAGCAACAAGAAGCAAUUCCACAAACUAAUAAAAUAAAAACACUUUAUUUGGUUAAAUUUGUUCAAGUAUUUGGAAGAAUUGUUGAAAUUUUAAAAGAAAAACAAGAAAAGAAACUUAUUUUUGGUAAAUUAUAUAAUGGUGGAAUUAAUGAUUUGGAAGUGGCUGUUGAACGAACUGUUGGGGAUGAAGGAAUUAAGAUACUUCAACGCAAAAUUGCCUAUAACGAUAUUUAUUGGACGAAUGACAACAACACGAAAUUACCACACUUGGAUCGUCCAUUGCCUUCAUAUCUUUCUAGUUAUUUGAAGAAAAUUAUGGAGAUGUUAAAGAAAGAUAUUAGGACAGUCUAA